CAUCAGUGUGUCCUUGGCGCCAUAGUCCAGCAGCAGGUUAGCUAGAGAGCUACCACUGCGCUUGACAACUUAGGAAGCUGAAGCAGGCAGCCAGGAGCGGAAGCGGCGUUUAUCUUGCCUUUCAAACUCUCAUCCAUCCGAGAUGGCUUUCUUAAUCAAGAGCAUGAUCGGGAACCCCCUGUCGGGAAUGGGCCUUGGAGGUGGAGGUGACAAAGAAGAAGAGGCCACCCCCUCAGAUCCAGCCAAAGCAGCAGGCAUGACGCGAGAAGAGUAUGAAGAGUACCAGAAGCAGUUGGUGGAGGAGAAGAUGGAAAGAGACGCUGACUUCCUCCACAAAAAGGCAGAGAGGGCGACACUGCGAGUGUGUCUGAGGGAAAAGUACAGGCUGCCAAAGAGUGAGCAGGAUGAGAACAUGAUCGAGAUGGCCGGGGAUGACGUGGACGUGCCGGAGGAGUUGUUGAAGAUGGUAGACGAGGACGCCACGGAGGAGGAGGGCAAGGAUUCCAUCAUGGGCCAGAUACAGAACUUGCAGAACAUGGACAUGGAUCAGCUGAAGGAGAAAGCCUCGGCCACCGUCACUGAGCUGAAGACCAAAGCAGAGGAGAAGUGCUCCGUCAUGUGAAAGGCUCCAAAUUAUGAGGAUGGGGGGGUAAAAGAAAACGCUGUGGCGGAGAAGUCUUUUCCACCACCAGGAGUCCAACAGUCAGGAUUAAAUGAAAAUAUAAUAUAUUUAAAUAUUUAAUUGUUGCUGCUGUCCUUUGACAGUUUCUGUGUCUCCUAAAUUGAAAAGUCAUUCCCUGAUAUAGAAGUCACCUACCCUGAGCCAUAACUCUUCCUUUGCCUAUCUUUACCAUGCACAUAAUCAGCUCAAUACUCCCCAAAAUACUUAUUAAUGUUCAUAUUUAUCGCAAAAAAAAAAACCCAAAACAACUACGGACUUUGUGGUCUUCAAUCUUCAGUCAAAGUCAAACAUCCAGAAACGUGCAUCCAUCAAUACAACAACGGUCCUGGUUGAGUGUUUACAACUUUCCUUCAGGCAUGUUAGAUUCUCUUUUGCAUGUGGUGUUCAAGUUAAUGUUAUAUCAUCUUCUAGUGGUUCAUUUUUUUUCUUCCCGAUUCUUUAUGUGCUAAGAUAUGAAUACACACAUAAGAUAAAUGUACAUACACCGAUUUUAUAUAUAUAUAUAUAUAUAUAUAUAUAUAUAUAUAUAUAUAUAUAUAUAUAUAUAUAUAUAUAUAUAUAUAUAUAUAUAUAUAUAUAUAUAUAUGAUGCUUCAAUCUGACGCGUGUGUUCUGUCCUGUGAAUUAAAACCACAGUGUGUGAAACCCAAUGGUGGCCCACUCAUGAUCCCUUCAGUAUCUAAAAUGUAGCUGCAGUUUCUCACUUUACUAGUUCCUACAACAUUUUACAUGCUAUAAAACCAGCUGUUUUUUAAGUUCAGGUUCUCCAUUCUGCCAGGUGCACUGUCAAACCUAGUGUCUGAUACAAGUUACUCCACAAUAACAACAGUAAUAUACCAAUAAUAUCAAUUGAACAAAAAUACCUUUCAAUAAAGGAUUUUUUUUCCUU